AAACAAACAAAAAAAAACGAUAAAAAUAACAACACAACUACAUAUGAUUACUUUAAAAUGUAAUUGAAGAAAAAAAAACAUAACAAAAAAAUAUAAAUAAAAUAGUAUGGAAUUCAUGUAUUAUAGACGCAAUUAAAAUUCUAACACUGUGGAGUAAACACACUAGUGGGGGUCUAAUUACAAAUUAAAAAAAAUAAUAAUUAAUAUAAAAUAAAAGUAUUAUUUUCUAAAAGUCAUUGUGAUCAAACAGUUUUAUAACUUUUAACCGGUUAAUUGUUUAAAUAACUAUUUUUUUUGCAAAUUUUAUGAUAAAAGCACAUUUUAUGAUUAACAUUUCCAAAAACAUUGUGAAAUUGUUUAGAACAUUGACAUUAGCAAAAUAAAAAAAUUGUAUUUGUACGAGCAAAGAGUCAAAAAUACAAAUGUAAAAAGAAGUGCAGUGUUUUAUACAGAAAAAAAACAUUAACUUAAAAUAAAUAAAUAAUUAAGGAAAUAACAAUAAAAAUAAAGAUCAUCUAAACAACAGCAGCAAUGACAUUGGCAACAGAGCAGGCAAAUAUUUGUCAAACUACUAUGGACGUAGAGUUUCAAUUUCAAUUAUUUUCAUCCCAUUAAGGACUACAAGCCCAAAGGUUUCUGGAUAUUUAAAUGGUUAUACAAUUGGACUGCUAGUUCUCCCGCCAUGUUAAGAGCUGUGGAAAAGAAAAUUCUUUCCUUUUUGAAAACGCCCUAUCGCGGGUUCUUUGUCGAUAUAGGACCAGCCAUUGGAGAAUCGGAUAAAAUAUGGACCGUUAGUUUUAAUACUGAUUCAAAGGAAAUACCCUUGGUAAUGUUGCAUGGCCUGGGCGCUGGUGUUGCCUUGUGGGUAAUGAAUUUUGAUGCUUUGGCAAAAGAUCGUCCGGUGUAUGCCAUCGAUAUUUUGGGUUUUGGUCGUAGUUCAAGACCCAAGUUUUCCAAUGAUGCUUUGACGUGUGAAAAACAAUUUGUUAAAUCCGUAGAGGAAUGGAGACGUGAAAUGAAUAUAAGUAAUAUGAUAUUGUUGGGCCAUUCGAUGGGUGGUUUUAUAGCCUCCAGUUAUGCUCUAACAUAUCCGGAUAGAGUUAAACAUUUAAUACUGGCCGAUCCUUGGGGUUUUCCAGAAAAACCCUCCGAAGCCUUGACCAGCAAACAAAUACCCUUUUGGGUAAGAGCCAUAGCUUACGCUCUCACACCACUCAAUCCCUUGUGGGCUUUAAGAGCAGCGGGACCUUUUGGUCAGUGGGUGGUGCAAAAAACUAGACCAGAUAUAAUGCGCAAAUUUGCUCCUACUAUAGAGGAUGAUAUACAUUUAUUGCCUCAGUACAUACACCAAUGCAAUGCUCAAAACCCCACUGGCGAAUCGGCUUUCCACAGCAUGAUGGAAAGUUUCGGUUGGGCUAAAAAUCCCAUGAUUCAUCGUAUCAAAGAUGUAAGACAAGAUAUACCCAUCACCUUCAUAUACGGUAGUCGUUCUUGGAUUGAUUCAUCCUCUGGCGAGAAAAUCAAAUCUGUACGUGGCAAUUCUAUGGUAGAAAUCAAAACGGUUACUGGUGCAGGUCAUCAUGUUUAUGCCGAUAAGCCGGAUGUAUUCAAUCGUUAUGUAAAUGAAACCUGUGAUUUGUACAAAAGAACACCACCACUGAUACGUGAAUCCACCGAAUCGGAUGAAGAACAUGAAGUAUCUCUACCACCAUCCUCAGCAAGAGGACAACGAAUAGAGGAAUCUGCCGAGGCAGAAUCUGAGGCUUCAACAGCUGAUACAAGAAAAUAAUUUACGAUAAUCUUUAAACUUAAUUACAAAUUUGUUGUUAUAUUUUCAUAUCAAAAAAAA